CAAUGAUACAUCUGCUAUUCUGCUUCACAUGUUAGACAUAUUUGUAAACCAUUGAAUAAAUAAAAUAAGCGCGUUUUUGACAUGCAUUCUUCAGCUAAAGGACAAACGAAAACCAGCCAACAGGAAGUUGUUUCAAAAGAAUGGAAACUCGAACCCGAACAUGAGUUUCGAUUUGAGGUGGAUUUUGGAACUACGGUGAAUUUGAAGUUGAUCUCUGGUACGGCAGAAAUAUUUGGUACAGAAAUUGGAAUAGGUCAUGAAUAUGAAUUUUCAGGUCGCAAAAUUGCACUUUUUACCUGGCAUGGCUGCACAAUUGAGAUUAAAGGAACAUGUAGUGUUGAAUAUGUUGCUAAUGAAACUCCUAUGACAAGUUACCUCAAUAUGCAUAUCGCACUCGAACAAUGUAGAGAAGCAGCCAAAUCAAAAGAUGAACAGGGACCAAAAGUUAUGAUUGUGGGUCCUGAAGACGUAGGGAAAACGUCGUUAAGUAAAUUAUUGCUUAGCUAUGCAAUACGUCAUGGUAGACAACCUUUAUUUAUUAAUCUGGAUAGCAAUGAGGGUUCAAUUACAAUGCCGGGUACCUUAACUGCGACGCCAAUAAAUCAUAUUAUAGAUGUGGAAGAAGGUUUUGGUUCGUCGGCAACAACUGCACCAUCAUUUAGUUCUUCUUUUAUGCCAAUGGUUUUUUAUUACGGAUAUCCGGAUCCUAGCGAGAAUGUAAAACUAUACAAGGUACUGACAAAAAAAUUGGCCGAUAAUGUUUCAAGACGUUUGGUUGAGGAUGAAGUUGCUAGAGUUUCAGGAAUCGUGAUUGAUACAGGUGGGCUUGUUGAUAGCACAGGCUAUGAGAUCAUACAACAUUGUGUAGAUAUAUUUAAUGUAAAUAUCAUAAUUGUACUUGGUCACGAACGAUUGUAUAGUGAUAUGGCAAGAUUAUAUAAGGAGCGUAAUGAUGUCAAUGUAGUGAAAUUAUCAAAGUCAGGAGGAGUGGUCAAUAGAGAUAAUGCAUUUCGUAGACAAGCACAAAUGCGCAAAAUUCGGGAAUAUUUUUAUGGAUUGCCAAAAUUUGAAUUAUCUCCCUGUUCAACUUUAAUUAACUUAAAUGAUAUUUCCAUUUAUCGUGUUGGAGUUGGUUCAUUGGCACCUUCUUCUGCGCUUCCAAUUGGAAUUGACAGAAAAGUUAGUGAAACUCAACUGGUAAAAGUUGAACCGGAUGAUACGUUGUUACAUUCCAUUUUGGCAAUUAGUACUGCCAAUAACUCAGAUGAACAGUCUUUACUUGUAUCAACAGUUAUUGGAUUCAUUUAUGUAUCUCACGUUGAUAUAAGCAAGCAGAAAAUGACAAUACUAUCACCAUCACCAGGUCGGCUCCCAAAACAAUAUUUGAUCAUGGGAUCAUAUAAGUGGAUGGAAAGUUAAACAGUAGGGUGAACUAAUUUUAAAUUAGGUUCAAAAAUUAAGUUAGAUAAUCAAAUUUAAACUGGUUCAUAUCAGUACUAUUUUUCAAACUAGAUUUUAUUUAAACUGAAAUGAUCAGUUCGGGGUUUUCAAACUUUCAUGAUUCUUAUUUUAGUUAAAUCUAUGACUUUGCGUAGAAUUAUAUAAUUCUUCGCUACGCUACAGAUUAAUUAUCUCUAUUAGGAUAAGAUGGAUAAUUUAGAAAUAUUUAUGUAUUAUGUAAAUAUAAUUUCUUUAAUAAAUCACACCACUCCCUUUGAA